GGGAAUUUUUCCGAAAUUCACAAAAUAAUCGAUGUUCAAACAUCAAAUAAACUCAUAAUGCCAAUCACAUUUGGUGAUCCAACCGCACUGAAGGUCCCCAAUGGGUUGUUCAAAGAUGUGAAAUAUUACCUGAUCGGAAAUCUUGAUGAAAAGAUCCACCAACUUCUAAAAGAUGGCGGUGGUAAGCGAGACACGUAUCUCAGUGAGAUGGUCAGCCAUGCGAUCGCUGACAACAAGGACCACGAUGACUACAGUGAAGCUGUGGAACUCUUCGAAGUUCCAGUUGUUUCUCCCAGCUGGAUAGUGAUGUGUGUCAAGUGUGAAUGCAUCUUGCCGACCAAUGCAUUUAACCUGGAAAAUUAUGACAUAUUUACUGGAGUUGUUGCUUGUCCAUCCCAGAUUCCUGAAGCUGAUCUCCAGUCUCUCUGGGCGAUGAUAACGUUUUAUGGCGGGCAAUGCCAGCGUGAACUUAACCGCAAAUGUACCCAUCUUAUAACCAUUAAACCAUUAGGGGCAAAAUAUGACUUCGCAAUAGAAAAACCUGAUCACUUAGAAAUCGUUACUCCCGACUGGGUGAGCGAUUCUGUUGACAAGAAGGCCAGGCAGGAUGAGACGAUUUAUCACCCAAAGUUACUGAUACUGGAACAACCGCCGCCAGACAUUGAGCCAGACUCGGAUAGCGGGGAGACGAUCGUGGAUGCAGGACCGGUGUCGCCAUCGCGUACGCCCGAUCUGUCGCCGCCAGGGGAUGAGCUGGUGCAGACGCCGGUCGCGAAGGAGGCGCUGUCCAAGAUGGUGCUUGAUAGAAUGCAGGCUGCUGAUAGAGUGGGGGAAACGCCUGAAGCACAGCAAUGCCCCGUCACACCGAACCUACCCAUGUUCAACACGGGUACCGAGACACCUCGUACGAUGCUGCGUAACAUCACCAACAGCCACGACCAGCCCAAAUCGCCUGCCAGGAUGGGGCCGCAGAAAGUCAGCCAACUUUUGCAGACUCUUGGUAAAAAUGGCCGCGGUCUGCAGCAGGCAGUGCAAGAGCCACCAAUCAUCUACUACGGACAUGAACCAUCGGAAACUGUUCCCCCCGAUCUCUGCCUCCUGGGCUGCGUGUUCUACAUCACAGACUAUCAAAAGUACCUCGACAACAAACAGAUUGAAACGUGGCAGAUGGUGAUAGAACAACAUGGCGGUCAGGUGGACCAGGCCUACUCAAACAGAAUAACCCACUUACUGUGCGAAAACCAGAGAAGUGACAUAUUCCAGUUGGCCCUUAAGGAUGGCAAGCGGGUGGUGACUGCACAUUGGUUGAAUGACUGCCUUAUCCGACAGAAGAUGUUAUGCCCGUGGCACGCGCUGCACGUUCCAUCAAUAUACGGCGAUCAUAAGCCUUGUGCUAACCAGAUAAUUUGUGUGACAAACUUCGAAGGUGAUGAAAGAACAAAAAUCAAACAUAUGGUAACAGUGAUAGGUGCAAAGUACACGGGUUAUAUGACACACAAGAACUCAGCAUUGGUUUGUAAAAAAAUGGGUGGUCUGAAGUACGAAAAAGCCAAGGAAUGGAGAAUCCCAGUGGUCAACGUUGCCUGGCUCAGUGACCUCGUUCUCGGCAAUCUCGAUGCCCUACGUAUUCCCGUCCACAAAAACUAUCAUCAGUUUGGCUUGGAAGAUGACUUCAAGAUCGACAAUGCCAAAGUGACAAAACUGCUAGUUGGAUGGCGAUCACCUCUAAAAAUACCAAAGGAUCUCAUUAAGAAAUAUCAACCCAGUCUGCUGCUGAAGAAACCCGAAGAUAACACCGCUGAAACUGCCAAACGGAAAUUAGAGGACGCAACCGAGGACGAACAGCCAAGUAAACGAGCGAGAUUAACACCGACGUUCGAAAUGGAGACCCAGGAGGAGACGUCGACCGAGACGGUAGCCACUGAUGAGGGGAAACCGCGGGUGAUGAUUACGGGGAUACGGAAGGAUUUGGUCCCUGCUCUAGUCGAGAAAGUGGAAAAACUUGGCGGGAAAAUGGCGACCCGUUCAAAGGAGGUCACACACUUGGUGGCCAGCACGCUGUCACGUACGAUGAAGUUCUUCACAACCGUCCCCAUCUGUAAACACAUUGUCACGCCUGCUUGGAUAGAGGAGAGUGCAAAACUUGAGAAGUUUUUGGAUGAACAACCAUAUGCCCUCAAAGAUAAAAAGAACGAAGAAACAUUCGGAAUAAAGUUGUCAGAGUCGCUCGCCCGAGCACGCAGAGUUCCACUGUUUAAAGAAGUCAGAUUUUAUAUCACGCCAAGCACGGAGCCAGGUGUCGGGCCAUUGAAGGAGAUUAUAGAGAACGCUGGGGGGACUGUCGUGAGCAGAAGAUCGCCGGCCAGGGUCAUAGCAACACAGAAAACAUCUCAGGGUCGACCGUCUUUCAUCGUUAUUGGUUGCGAAAAUGACCUUCAUAUUCUUGGCGACAUGUUCGACAAGCAAGUCACUGUAUACAAUGCAGAAUUCGUCCUGACCGGUGUCCUGAAACAAGAGUUGGAUUACGACCAGUUCCAUUUGAGAGUGUGAACUGGACACUGGAUAUUGGACCUAAAGCUCGGCGCAAAAUGGUACUCAGUCUUAUUUUGCACAGUCAUAUUCUGGUAGGGACCGAGUUUCUUGUGACACUAAUAACACUGUGCUGCUGUGUGCUGAUGACUGUCACUGCCUCCUGACCCUACCACUCGAUGGCCACGUGUAAGACAUUUGUUUAUCUUACUGAGGCCUGGGUACUUGUCUUUAUGGUCCCAGCCGACAAAGGAGGAAGGAUAAGAUCAUAUUAGUUGUGUAGCGGGUUGUGUGUGCGUACGUGCAUGUUUGCAUGUAUGUCUGUCUCUUUGUAUCUCUCCUUAAUUGCUAUUGGUUGAUCAAAAAAAGUUCUGUGUUUGUAGGUUCUGGGUGAAAAUACAGUGGAACCUCUCUAUUAAGGACACCCUCGGGACUGACAAGUGCUUUCCUUAAUUGAGAGGUGUCCUGAUUAGAGAGGUCAAAUUGAAUAGAAACAACCAAUUUGGGACCAAACCUAGUGUCCUAAAUAGAGAGGUUGUCCUUAAUAGAGAGGUGUCCGCUAAGGGAGGUUCUACUGUACACAGAUAUUUUUUCUCUCAAUGCGACCCCAAGUAGGGUGGAAAUCUUAAAUUUUAUUUUAAUUUUGUAACAUCUGGUUGUCGUUGUUUCUUGUUAAGAAUGGUAUCAAAACUACCGGGUAGGUAAACCAAUACUCAUUUUUUAUGUAAAUAUUUGUAAAUGAUGUAAAUACUGUAAAGUAGGGAAUGAUGCAAUGUGAUUGCAUUAUUUAUAUCGGGACCAUUGUAUUGUUUUACUUCCUGUACCAGUGGUAUAUUUGGGGUGUGGCGCAUGAGGCGUGCGUCUGCCCGUUUUCGUUGGAGAGCAACGAUUUUCAGGAUGUCUCCCCACAAGAACAUAUAAUGUACUAAUGGUUUUAGCCCUCGGGUGCCCAAUAACCGCAUUUUGGCAUUAUUCCAAAAUUAAUUUUCAGAUCCUCCCUUGUUUCCAAGAUUGCUUAGGGGCUGUCUGGGUGGCCCUUUAGGAAAUUUCAGUACCAGAUUGUAGUCAUUUAGCAAUAAAUAUUUUAGACUCAUUCCUGUCAGUGACUUUAUAUCUGUAUACAUAUACUGCAUUUUGUAAUUUUUUACCGCUGCAGCAUGUAAAAAUAAAUGUUUUAUUUACAAUCAA